AUGGCAGAUAUUCGUCCCAUGAAACCUUUACAACCUCCAUACCCUCAUAAUUAUGAUCCAAAUGCAAGAUGCAAUUUUCAUGGGGGAAGCAUUGGCCAUUCGACUGAAAGGUGCAUGGGUUUUAAGUUCAAAGUACAAUCGCUAAUUGAUGUAGGAUGGUUGAAGUUCCAGAAAGACAAACCUAGUAUUGAGGUCAACCCCCUUGCCGAGCAUGGAAACGCCUCAACAAAUGCCAUCGAGGUUGGACGACACAAGCUAGUAAGGAAUGUAAGUGAAAUUCGAAGCUACAAAAAGAUCAUUUUUGAAAAGGUGGUAGAAUUGGGUUUGCUAAGGGGCAAAAACGGUCUCGGAGAGGCAUGUGGAAUUCAUCCAAGAACUGAACAUGUCAUUAAUCAAUUUAGAAGUAUUCUUCAGGAUCUAAUUGACAGAAGUUGCAUACAAAUAUACUAUGAGGAUAAAGUAGGAGAAGUAUUUGCACAGACUGGUGGAGAGUCCAAUAUGACUUUACGAGAACCAUUAGUGAUUCGUUUCACUAGAACCCCUCCUACACUCAUGAGACAAGGAAGGUCCGCUAUCGUUAUCCAGAUACCUUCCCCUUUUGCCUAUAGAAGUGAUAAGACUGUCCCAUGGAAAUAUGACACACGUGUGAUUGAGGAGGAAUGUGAUAAGUCAAUCAUUAAAAGUAUAUCAGGCAUUGGCAGGAUGACGAAAAGUGGACGAAUCUCUCCACCGUCGCUUUUGACAAAGGAAGAUGUGGAACUUUCAGAAGAAAAGAUCAGGCCAUCAUAUAAGAAUGUUAAAGAAAUUUUCGAUGAAGAGAAAGUUGUUAAUGAAAGACUCGAUAGGACUCAUGUAGAGCAUAAUAUUUCCUUGGACCGGUUCGAGGGGAUUGUUAACAACAUUACUGCUAAUGAUUACCUUACCUUCACAGAUGAAGAAAUACCUGCUGAGGGAAGAAGGCACAAUAAAGCACUUCAUAUCUCUGUAAAAUGCUUGGAUCAUGCCAUAGCACACGUUUUAAUUGAUAAUGGUUCCUCCUUGAAUGUAAUGCCUAAGGUAACGCUGGAGAAAUUACCGUAUGAUGUGAUUCACUUGAAGCCAAGUAUUAUGAUCAUAAGAGCUUUUGAUGGGAGCAAGAGGGAUGUUAUGGGAGAGAUAGAUUUUCCAGUACAAGUUGGUCCUUGUGUUUUCCAGAUAACCUUUCAGAUCAUGGACAUUCACCCAGCCUACAAUUGCUUGUUAGGUCGCCCUUGGAUCCAUUCGGCGGGAGUGGUGCCCUCUACAUUACAUCAAAAACUAAAGUAUGUCAUGGAUAAUCAGCUAAUCAUAGUCUCAGGAGAAGAAGACUUCCUUGUAAGAGGGCCCUUGUCUACUCGCUAUAUCGAGGCAGCAGAGGAAGCUCUCGAGACCGCGUUUCAAUCAUUGGAGAUCAUUGGAAAUACCUAUAUAGAAUCAAUGCCAGUAAAUUCGUACAUGUCUUGUGCCUCUCUUAUGAUAGCUAAGGUCAUGCUAAAAGAGGGUUUUAAGCACGGAAAAGGUCUUGGCAAGGACGGACCCUCCUACUAA